AUGUCAGGUCGCGUUCAAAAAUCCAAAUCAAAGAACCCUGUGGCUUAUAAGGAACUUAGCCAGCUUGUCGAUUUGUUCGGGUUCAUCAUGCCUGUCCCUUGUUCCGGUUGCGCGGCUGCCGGUGUCGACUGCGUCGUUUCCGAAGUUAAUUCUUCUCGUUGUUCGCGUUGCGUUGCCGAUAAGCAUUCUUGCGACAUUCACGGUCCUUCCGCGGCUUCCCUCAUUCGGGUUCGGCAACAGAAAAUAAAAAUUGAUGAUGAGCUUGAGAAAGCUGAAGAAGAGCAGUUAGCUCUUAUGGCGAAGAUUCGUCGUUUACGAAGGCGUCGCAAGGACAUCAAUCGUGAGGCGACUGAUCUCAUUCGAUCUGGUUUGCGGCGUGUGGAGGAGGUUGAGAAUGAGUAUCGUUCCGAGGUUCUUGGUUUGCAGAGUGCUAGCUCGGAAACUGUGGGUGCACUUCAUUCCCUGGGUGCUAUUGGCGUCGUGGAUUGGUCUGGCGUCGGUUUGGACGACUGGGGUCCAGAGACGUCCUCUGGUGCCAGUAUUGUUGGAGUUCUUCCUGAGCGUGUUCCAGGUUCUUAA